UUGUUAUUAACUUCAAGUACCUCAUACCAUUGAGGUACUUGAAAUUUAUUAUAAGUGAGUGUGUUUCUGAAAAGCAAACAUUCAGUUCAUGCACUAUUCUUUGGUGAGGAUAGGUAGAAGCAGGGGCACAAGGAAGUCCUUUCAUGAUCUAUCUGCAAACUAAUUGAUUCUGACAAGUGUCCAUAUCUAAUCCCUUAUCAUGUGAUCGUUGACAAUCUGUGUCUCAUCUUCACUUCAGAGGGGAUUCGCCGCAAUAGAGAGCCUAAUAACAAUUCAGCUUGUUAGGACCAUUUGAUCAUUUUGCUUUUUGCCAAUUUGCACAAGUUAGUUGCAGCAACUGGCUCGUAACUGAGGACUGAGAUUUAUAGAUUUUAUAAUGUAGAGGGAAGUUUAAAAAGAGUUAACCAAGUCAUAUGGUUUUCACGUAAUGUGACAAGUAAUUCCAGUCUGUAGGGUGUUGGAGGGAUUACUUCCACAAUGGGUCAGCGCCUAAGUGAGGAAAGUGACCCAGACAAGGAAAUUGAUGUGGCAGAGCUGCAGGAAUGGUACAAAAAAUUUGUUGUGGAAUGCCCAAGUGGAACUCUCUUCAUGCACGAGUUCAAGAGUUUUUUUGGCGUCACUAACAACAAGGAGGCCGCAGAUUACAUUGAAAACAUGUUUCGAGCUUUUGACAAGAAUGGCGACAACACCAUUGAUUUUCUGGAGUACGUGGCAGCUUUGAACUUAGUCCUUAGGGGUAAACUGGAACAUAAGCUUAAAUGGACAUUCAAAAUGUAUGAUAAGGACGGAAGCGGAUGCAUUGAUAAAACAGAGCUUCUUGAAAUUGUGGAGUCUAUUUAUCGGCUGAAGAAAGCCUGCCACGGAGAGCUGGAUGAAGAAUGCAAUCUGCUGACCCCAGACCAAGUGGUUGACCGGAUAUUUGAGCUGGUGGAUGAAAAUGGAGAUGGGGAGCUCUCGCUGGACGAGUUCAUCGACGGCGCGCGGAGGGACAAGUGGGUGAUGAAGAUGCUGCAGAUGGACGUCAACCCUGGGGACUGGAUCAAUGAGCGAAGAUGCGAAGGUGCUGACUUGUAAGGCUGUAACAUGGACUGUCAUUCUAUCACAUAUGCACAUCCUUCAUGUGUGACCAAUCAUGUGGUGAUUUUGUAUCCACUGCAGUUUAUAUGUACGUAAAAGAAAACAACACCGCAGUCACCCUGGAACUGUAGGCUACGUACGCACGCGUAAGAUUUAGAUGUAUCUAGACAACAAUGCUGUAUUUUGCCUGUAAUGGGGUUUAUUCUGUUCAUUCAUUUUGGUUUAGGUUUCACAUUUAGUCAAGCUGUGUAGCAACUGAGCAACAGUAGCUUUGAACUUAUUUAUGGCUACCUGUGGUGUUGUAAGUGUUUUUGUGUCUGUGUUUUAUAGAUGCUGCAGUCAUAAGGCACAUGAUUUUCUUUUUUGUUUUUGUUUUGUGUCAUACAAUAAUCAUAAAAUUGAUUUAAUAC